GUGACCUCGGUUGACUGCUCAACGGUAAAAACACGACCAUAUUGAUGUUUUUGACGUGUACGUUAAAUAACGUUAACGGAAUGUUGCUGCCGUAUGGCAACGUUUAUUUCGGACAAAUUAAAGCAGUUUAAACAAUUGAACGGAUAUGUAAUGUAGACUGAGUUUUGGAAGCUGUAAUACGACAUGUAAUUGACAUUUUCUUUUUGUGAACAAUUUGCAGUAUGUUUAUACAGAAACGUAACAAGGUAUACGCGACUUACGUUUGGUAAAGUCUGAGCGAAUUCAUAGAAUGACACAUGAACAAAGGAGUUUUUUGAAAAAUAUAUAGAAUCGUGGUUUUAAGGCUGAGUUGUACCAUGUCUUCGUGAUUCUUUAGGUUGUAUAUGCUAUCGUGAUUCUUAAUAAGACUUUCUUUGUGGUAUUAUGCCUUCUAGAAAAAUGUUAAGCAGACGGCAAUGUAUUUUUGUUAUUGUUGUUUUACCAAUGUUAAUUGUUCCGGCAAUGUUUAUCUUGAAACACGCCGACGGCGGCCUGGCGGAGGUAUUUAUUCCACCGAAACGUGCCACUAAAGAUAAUGUGGUUAGGAAAGCUAUCCAGAGGGUUAAUUUAACAGCAGCAGUCCAAACUCAGAAGAAACCACAGAUGAAACUUAAACCAAGAAAAUGUUUCGACUACAUCUGGACUGGUACGUGCCGCGACACAUGUUUCACGUACAAUAUCCAAGCAAAACAGCGACAACGAAAACAACAAAUAUUGAAGUGCGAAAAGAAGAAAACACAGUUAAAGAUCUUAUAUACAACAAAACAAAAAUACGUAUACAAGAUUCCGUUCCAAGAUCAAUGUCUCCGUAAAAUUUUAGACUGGUAUUGCCGUGACAAUAAGAGGGUUCCGAAUAUUGUUCAUUACGUUUGGUUCGGAAAGAACGAAUUUAAUUUCAUCCAUUUUCUAAGCUUUCUUAGCGUGCAUAAGUUUCAAAACCCGUGUCUUAUAAUGGUUCAUGCGGACAAAAUGCCGAAGGGAAAAUUAUGGCCUUACUUCUUGCAGAUUAGUUCAAAGGUCGUUCAGGUGCACCGGAAGCAGCCAAAGAAGAUCUUCAAGAAAAAAUUAGCCUCUAUUCAACACAAAGCAGACAUUGCAAAACUUGAAGCUUUAAAAGAAUAUGGUGGCAUAUAUCUAGACACUGAUCAGAUUUUGUUGAAAUCUGUCGACAAGUUCCGGAACUCUGACGUCACAAUCGGAAUGGAUUACGGAACGGCGGCUGCAAACUCGAUCAUCAUUGCCAAAAAGAAUGCGUUAUACAUAAAGUAUUGGCUUGAGAGUUAUCGCUCUUACAGUCGAACAGAUGGAAAUAAACACUCGCAAAUGAUUCCAUUCAAACUGGCAGAAAAGCAUCGGAAUUUGGUGCAAAUUGCGGGCGACGGUUUUUCGUUUCCAAACGUGCACCAGCUAUCAAGUCUUUAUUCUAAAAACGUGUUCUGGGGAGAUAAAUAUGGUAUGCACAUGCAUUUGAAACUGCAUGAUAAAUUUUAUUCAAGUCGGCUGAACAUGAAUACGAUAAAAAGCAUGAAUACAACUGCAGGGGCAGUUGCCAGGCAUAUAUUGUAUGGGAACACGGACCCAUGUUCAGCAAAAACUGUAAUUCAGUGAAAAAUAUAAGCCGAAAGCAAAUGCUUGGUCGAUAAUCGUGUUUAUACCGGAAUAAAUAUAUGCCAUGAAAUCCCACAAAUUCUAAUACAGAGAUUAAUGGAAAAACUGAAUUAUUCCCCUUUGAACAGAGGGUCGGAAAAUAAUAAGAUAGAACACUUUUCAGCAAGAUAAAUAACAGCUAGCAUAGUACAGUCAAACGUGUACAUAAAGUUCAUGCAUGGGGAUGCUAAUCGUCCACAUGUUAAAUAGUUUUGUUCAAAUUGCACAUGGUUGAGUAAUCCAUUUACAUUUUACUACAGACCAGAAGAGUUUUAAAAGAAAUUGUUCAAAUUUCACAUGAUACACUAAUUGCAUAAUGUAUGUCAUUUUUCAUUAUAUUUUAACAAUUAUACUUCGCAUGUAAUUUCAUAUGUAUAAUGUUGUUUGUCAAGUUUAUGUAAACACAAUUUUUGCUUUAAACUGUUCAUUACUUUAAUUUAGUACAACUGCAUCAUGCAUGUGUUUUUCUGUACAUACUAUAUCAUUUCGUUUCACAUAUUUACUUCCAAGUUAGUUAUCCCUCGUCAGGCAAUAUACUGUAUUAUGUAUAAUAAAGCUUUGAAUUGUUUACUGUAGGGAUAAUACACGUUUUUUUGUGUAUAAACGUCUGCAGAAGCCCGCGGGAUUGUUUGUGACCGAGACCGAAGGUCGAGG